AUGCCGAUCAAAAUCGUCCGAGCUCUACGACAGCAACCGGGAGUGACGACGGAGCGGUUUCAAGAGGUGUGGCGGCAAGAGGUCGGGCCGCAGGUGGCAUCUCUCCAGACGGGACUGCAGCUGAUCAAAUACGUGCAAAUCCACCGGACGCCGGGCGCGAUGGACGACUCGCUGCGAGCGAUGCGGCCCAACCUGGUGCAAGCGGAAGCGCCGUACGACAUUGUCGACGAGUUCCACUUUGACGGGGUCGAGGCCGACUUCCUGGCCAACUACGGGUCGGAAACGGGGUCGCGGGCCUGGAAGGCGCUGGUCCAAGUGGGCAGCCAGCACCUCGACCUGGGCCGGUGCCAGAUGCGCCUGGUGGAAGAGAGGCCGUUUGUGCUGCCAGGGUCGCCCGACUCGCUCGUGGCCUCGGAAUACAACCACGUGGUGCGGGCGGUGGUGUUUGCCGACGCCUUCACCGUCGACGGCGACGAUGGCGCGCUGACCCGCAGCCUCGAGUACUGGGCUCGCUCGCACGCCGCCCUGACCCAGCGCUGGGCGCCGUCGCUGGGCGUGCUGAAGUACGUGCAGAACUACCCGUACGACGGGCCGGUGGCGGAAAAGCUGGCGGAGGAUGGGGCCGGGGCGUGGGCGUGGGCCUUGCCUAGUAGCCAGCGGGCUCAGGAUCAGGAUCAGGAUCAGGAUCAGGAUCAGGCUCAGGAUCAGGCUCCCAAGGCCGUAGGAGUCGACGCCCCCUAUAAAAUUCACAUGUACGCCGCCGUUUGGUUCAGCUCCCGCCCGCCGCAGCCGGACGACACGGCCAAGCGCGCCCGGCUGGAGAUCAGGAGGGACGAGGACAGUGGCUUCAUGAGGCCGAAUUCCAUGAUGUGCUUUGUGGGCAAGGAGCAUGUUUUUGUAGAUCGAUAUCGGGCAUGA